GGUCAGUAGUGUGCUAAGCGGUCGUGGACGACAGUUGUUAUUAAGAAAAGUAAAUUUUCUAAUUUAACCGUAUCAUAAACAAAAAUGAGUUCAAAAGAGAACAGCGAGGUCGCAGUCGAGAAAAUAGAGAACGACAAGGCAUCGGGGGACGUGAAAUGCGAAAUUAAGGGGACGAAAAGGGCGGCAGAGGAUAAAACCGACGACGCUAAAAAACAAAGAAAAGAGGAGAAUGGUGCGAAUUCGGAUGGUGAUGAUAUAGAAGAGGAGGAAGAAGAAGGAGCGGAAGGGGAGGAGGAAGAUGAGGAGGAGGAUAUUCCGGAGGGGGAUGAAGAGGAAAUUGAGGGAGAAGAGGAUGAUGAGGAGGAUGUGGAAGGUGAAGAGGAGGGUGUGGACGAAGAGGAGGAUGAUGCAUAAUACACAGAGUUUUAACAGUGUACGGACUAGCAGUGAAAAGCCUGGACCAGGUGGAUCCGUUUUCUCUAAUUAUUUUUUUUUAUUAUUUAAUUCACAAUGAUGUAAACUUGCCACUGGUCCAGGAGAAAAAGACUCUAACUUAUUACUGCAACCACCCCUUCAAUUGUAAAAAUGUCCAUUUUGUGUAAAGAUAUAGCUAUAAAUUUAGACUUAAGUUGAUGUCUCACCUCCCCAUUUUUUUUCUUAAUAAUUAAUAAGUAUCUAUUGUGUACAAAAAAAUCAACCAGAGAAAGAAAAAUUUAGGAAAAUGAGAACACGACUUAUUUUUACUUAUAAUAUAAUUUUUUUACUGUUACGUAGAAAAAAAUAAAACGGAACAUAAUAGUGACUUUGCGUGCGCAGAUAAAGGCUUAUUUUUUAAUUAUUAAAAUAGUUAUAACAUUUAUUGUUUCAGAUAUAUUUCAGAUACACUUUUUUUAUUUUUAUUUUAAUACUAAACUUGUAGGUAUAUACGACAUUGAUACGUCUAAAUAAUAAUGAUUUAAAUUGGAUUAUUCUCAUUUUACGUUUCAAUGUUGUAUGUGUCCCAAACGAAAAGAAACGAGCUCUGCCGGCAACGGACGGACAAACGACCGAAAAGAGAUUAAUAAAUUUUCAACAUUUUCUUCGUCGGUUGCCGUUCGACCCCUCAACCCCCACAACCCAUUCCAUCAUUUAUAUACAAUAAAUAAAAUGAGAGAACACAUUAUAGGAGAUAAAGUCUGCGCGGGCCCCGUCACCGACAAAACAAUAAUGAUAUAAUUUUUUCAAUAAAAUUUUAAGAAAAUUACGAAAAAAUAAUCGACGAAAAGAAUUUGUCUACUUAAAAUAUAAGAGUUGUUUUUUAGAUUAAAUUGUAGGUGUGUAUAAUUUCCCAAUUUUCUUCGAUAUAAUUUUUGUCUAAAAUGAUACAGUUGUUUCUUAAUUCCAAGUGUUUUAUUUGACACACACCACCCGUUCGAGUCAACACAGCGCCUGCACGGACGGGAUGAAAUGCAUCGGACGGAGCCAAAGUUGAUCAUCACCCAUGAUAAAAAAGAGAACCGAUGGUUGUACUGUGUGUGUAUCACACUACAGUUUUAUUACUAGUAAUGUUUAAUAAAACGAUAUUUUGUAAGUACAAAA